AUGGGUCAACAAGCAGAUUUCUUGAUCCAUAAGGGUAGUCACGUUUUAUUUAUUUUGCAUUGGCAAAUUUUAUUCGGAUCCAAAGAUAACUAUAUGGUGAUUAACAGGAAAACUUUGGGUAUAAUGUCUGAAUGUCAAAGGAUGAAUGUUAAAUUAUAUGGCAAAUUGAGGUUUACGGCUUCCUUUUGGGGCAGGUUUUUCGAUGGCCUUUGGUUGUCUUUGACAAAGGAUGAAUGUCAGAUUAUAUGGUUAAAUCUACGCAUAUGGCUAUGGUUUCAGUUUUCGAUUUAUCUAUAUAGUAUAGAGAUUCUCAUUUACAUGAAGGUCUCUUUAAAUGAUGCUACAAGGUUGGUCAUUUAUAUUGGGGGACAGUGGGAAACUGAUGGCGGGUUAAUUUGGGUCUUCAUAUACGUCCAAGGGUCUGGGAAGUACUCUGACCAGUGUGAGAUCAUGGAUGGUGUUUUGAAUUCGGCUUGUGCCGGUUUUCUAAUAAAGAUUAAGAUUCCGGGUAUGAUCAUGGGUUGGCUAAUGGAAGUUAGUUGGAUACAAGCCAUUAUUGAUAUAAGCAAUGGAUUUCGUGAUCAGGGGUUAAAAAUUCAAGGAUGUCAACACAACGUUUGUCACAGACUUUUUCAGGCUGUAUUUAUUAUUCGUGUAUCUGUGGUAUUACCUUUGUUUAGUCAAUAUAUGGGUUCUAAAUGGCAUGUUUGGGUUGUCUUUAUGAUGUUUGUCAUUGAUAAGCUAGUAUUGGCACUUGUGAUACAAUGUGAGUAUGAGUCUUUUUUGUGGUUCAGGGGAUGUAAUGUGGCUUUUGA